AUGUUCCUCCCAGACUUGGAUUAUUUUGUGCGGAGGCUGAACAUAGAGAGGCCGGAUGUGGCACACGUAGAGCACGCGUGGGGGGGCGAGUCGUUUUGGGGUGAAGACUCGCUGCACUUCGAGCACUUGAACCUGGGGCUGCUGUGCGUCUCCUCCAGACCAUCUCGGUGGAACCGGCUCCUCUUCAGGCUGAUGCUGUGGAAGAACUCGCGGCGAUGGGGGAGGUGGUUUGGCGGGUCGCUGCUUGUGCCGCUGAUGACGAACCGGCUGGUAUUCAAGUGGAGCGAGGCCGGGUGCACAGACUACGCGGCCGGGUGGUGCCGCUAUGUGCACUUCACGAGGCCGAAGGCCCGAAGGGUGCAAGACGCCUUCCGCGUGAUGAACCGGGAGCGGGCAGAGCGCCAGAAGGAGAGAAGGCACGAGGAACAGCGACGCAGACAGAGGGAGAUGGAUUAG